UUUUCUUUUCUCUGCUAUUCUUAAUUUUCAGCUAUAUCAACCACAAGCUUGCAAUUGCAGAAAUGGGGAAGCAAACCAAAGCGAAAGCAACCCAAUCCUUAGGGAAGGGAAAAGUGACGCCGAUGCAAAUUGCAUUUAUCGUGGAUCGAUAUCUCUCCCAUAACAACUUCUCCGAAACACGCUCUGUAUUCAGGAGCGAGGCAUCUUCUCUCAUCUCCAAAUCCCCAGUUCAAGAGGCACCCAAGAGUUUGUUGAGUUUGGGGGCUAUGUUGAAUGAAUAUAUCUGCUUAAAGGAGCAGAAGGUGAUGGUGGAUCAGGAAAGGUUCCGUUUGGAGCAAGAAAGAUUCAGGGUCCAGACCCUUCUACAGGGCAUGCAAGAAGUAAUGAAUGCUUAUAAUGCUAGUGGAAUUGCACCUGCAACCAUGGUCAAGAACUCUACAACAAAACCUGCGGCUGUGGUUCCUCAACUAGGCCUCAGUGAUGGAUCUCCAGCAGGAUGUUCUAUGUACACUUCACCAACUAUUAUGCCGGUCACCGUGCCCUCCAAUGUCAUUAAGGAGAAUGGUAAUCUAUCUUCAUCAGUCACAAAUUGCCCAUUAACGAGGAAGAGACAGGGUUCAAGGGUUGCUGUAGAAGCCGCUCCAGCUGCUAAGAAAUCUCGUUGCAUGUUAACAUCCAUGAAAACACCUAAUAAAGGUACAUAUAAUCAAUCUGAGGAAGCAGCAACUACUCAAGAAAUUUCUCAACCUGAUUAUGCAGCAACCACUACAAAAGAAACAGCUCGUUUGCCUGCAACUGGUUCAUCACAUUAUAUCUGCACAACUAGUGGUCCAAUAGUUCAAGGAUCUAGUGUUGCUAAGAGUUUGUUCAAUCAACCAUCGUUUUCCUCUCCAGCUAAUUCAACUGGCCCCAGAACACCACCGCAAGCAGUUUCCUCUUACAAUGAUAAAUCUGUUUCUCCAGUUGGUAUCUCUUCCUCUGCUCACUGCAGUAAUAACAAUACUCCUCAAGAGUCUCCUAUCAAUUGCACUGUGAUUACAUCAGAAAGAGUCAUUGUGAGCCCGUGCAAACAUGUGGCAUACGCCAUGGAGAGAAACCAUUGCAUUUCUUCAGUCUCACCUGUCAAGACAACCUUCAAGAGGCUGAGUAAGAGGGAAAGG